AUGUCUUACCGCAUCGACGAAUCUGUUAUUUCUAACUUCCUCACCAACCACACCCAUGCCCUUCGGCUGUCGGCCCUUCCACUGGAUCCCUUGUCACGGCAGUGUCCUGUUUGUCGCGAUAUCUACCAUGCACAAGACCCUGCCUAUGUACAUCCUCUACUGCCAGCAGACACGCCCGAGUACCCUGUCCAAGUUCACAAUCGUGGACCAUGCAGCCAUAUAUUAGGCAGGCGCUGCAUAGAGAGACACGUCCGCGCUGGCCAACCUUGGAGCCAUUCAUGCCCUCUGUGUAGAGAAGUGUGGUUCCCGGCACCAAACUCGGCAAGGACUGAGAUUGUAAGCACGCUAGACAACGUUCUAGGUGCUCUCGAGCGCUUAGAGAUGCGCGAUGAAGCUUCAAGCCACGAAAUUGAGAACGUUGAGCAAGCUCUUGAGAAUAUCAGGGAACUGCUCUACUCUCAGCGAUGGAUAUAG